AUGGCUACAACCACGGAACCAGUGACUUUGAACGUAUGUAACGAAACAGGGCCCGAGCACAUCGAAACGCUGAUGAUCAUCGACCAAUAUCUGAACUAUGCGGUUGUACUGAUUGUGAUGUUUGGGAUGGGGGGAGCGACAGAUCUUAAAGAAAUCAAGAGGAGUUUCCAGAGACCAUGGGGUAUUUUCAUUUGCUGGGCUUCGCAGUUUGUCAUUAUGCCGGCGGUUGCGUUUGGUGUUGCCCAAGCGGCUAACUUCCCGCCGGUUUACGCUGUCGCUCUCGUGAUCCAAUGCAGCGCUCCUGGUGGGAGUAUGUCCAAUGUAAUGUCUUAUUAUGCUAACGGCAACAUAUCUUUGAGCAUAACCCUCACUACGUGUUCAACCAUACUUGCUGUGGGUGCCAUGCCGCUGAAUUUAUUUUUAUACGGCCGUACUUGGACGGACGACGCCAAUGUAGUCAUUCCAUACGCUACGGUUAUGGUAUCCUUGGCCGUUUCAUUGGUUCCCGUUGCAAUUGGAUUAUUCCUCAAAUACAAAGUAAUACCGAAUAAAAUUGAAAAAGUUUCGAAGGUCUGUGCUUUUCUUGGAAUUGCCGGAAUACUUAUCGGUAUAGGUUUGAGGGCGUACAUCAAGCCGGAUGUCUACACAUCGUCAUGGCAGGUGUAUGUCGUCUCUGCCAGCUUACCUGCUUUAGCAUUUUGUGUGGGGUUUAUCACAUCAUCCAUCAUUCGCUUACCGUGCUCAAAAAGACGUACCAUCGCCAUAGAAGCCGGGUGUCAAAAUGUAGCUCUAUCACUCAGCGUCAUCAAUUCGUCAUUUCCGGCCGGCCCGGCGCGUGCUGAGAUGCAGGCGAUCCCGUCUCUCUAUGGUCCACUGUUAGCUAUAGAGUUCCUUGUAUUCGUUGUAAUAUAUCGGUUCUUAUAUUACCAUGGUUACCUGGGUGCAUGCGAUUAUGGCGAUACAGAAAAGGAUGAAGAUAUCGCAAUGGUGGCGCCAGUCGAAGAGGGCAAGUAUAACUCGAAGGGGGGCAUAGUAAAUGGAGACUUUGAAGUAGGUGUGGUCAAUGGUGGUCUGACAAAGGAAGUGGGCGUGGUCAAUGGUGGUCUGGACGAGGAGGGUGGCAUAUCCAAUGGUGGUCCGACCACGAGAAGUGGCGUAACCAAUGGUGGUCUGACAGCUGAUGGAGGAGGCGUAGUCAAUCGUGGUUUGACUAGGGAUGAAGAAAAUGCAUUAUAA